UUGCAAACCUAAUCACAGAAGAAAUUUGCAAUUAAAGCUUUCAGACGUGUUUUCGUUUCAUACGUACUUCAACCAUUAGAUUUUGUGAGAGUUCAGCAUUUUGGCUUAUUUUUUGCUGAAGUAAUAAAGUUGUGGAUAUCUAGGCUAAGCCUAAAGUGAAAACCACUAGUUGUACAUCUUGAAUUUAAAAAGCAAAGUUUGGCUAAGUCCAAUAAGUUUUUGAAAGAUUUUGUGAAACUUUGUGUACCUCGACGUGGAGGAAAGUAAUAUUUCACCCAGGAAGGAACUAUAAGCAGUACGACAAAUCAUAAUCAACCUUUGGAAAUAAGCUCUUACUGCUAAAACAUAAUAACCCUUGAUGUUGUAGACAUUAUUUUAAGCAACUGAAGAUGCGUAAAAUCACCGAUUUAUUUUAUGGUCGCGGCAAGGAUGACUACGAUACGAACGAAUCGUUUGCACUACUAUUUCAUAGUUGGUCUUUAGUUGGUUUUAUACCAAAAAAACCGACACGUAUUUCUGAAAUAAUUUCUCAGUUUAUUUGCUGGACUUGUGUAAUCACCAGUCCGAUUACCUAUUUUGCGGGAUUAAUAGCAACUAUGGGCGAUUUGCCGAUAACGAUUGUACUUUCAAAUUUGGGUGUCGCUAUUAAUUGUGUUGCCUUACCGUUGAAGGCGAUACACAUUAAAGUCAAUAUAGAUCGUUUGCAUGACAUCGGCUUGAUUUUCAAACGCUUAGACGCACGUUAUCAACGACCCGAAGAUCAGUUAGAGGUCAGAGAAGCGGUUAAAGUUAGCACACGGAUUUAUGCUAUAUUCUUCUUUCUCUAUUGGUUUUACGGCACGGCAAGUUGGUUAGCAGCACUUUUCGCACAUAAAUAUCCGCAUGACAGCUAUUUUCCUAUCAUUGAUUGGCUGCCAGAAUCGGUUUUUCAAUUUUGGCUUCACUUUGUUUUUGAAGUGUUCUACUUACAAAUUCUACUGCAAAUAAAUUUGACAAAUGACGCAUUUCCUGGCAUCUAUAUACGUGCUCUUCGUACGCAUAUUAAACUCUUGACGGAUCGUGUGAGUCGUUUGGGCCUAAAUCCUGAUUUAAGUGAUCAGGAGAAUUUUGAAGAAUUAGUCGAUUGCAUCGUUUCGCAUCAGGAAUUGAUCCAGAUAUCCGAUACGGUUGGCUCGAUUCUUUCCCUCACCACCUUCUUUCAAUUCACUAUAUAUGCGGCUAUACUCUGCGUCUGUAUGCUUAACAUGUUCGUAUUUGGUGAUGCUACGACUAAGGUGGUUACAGUCGUAUAUCUCAUACCAGUGUUGUGGCAGACCAUCCCAACCUGUUAUCAAGCGUCGAUGCUCGAGUCCGACUGUACAAAAUUACCUUUGGCAAUUUUCCAUUGCAAUUGGUUGGCAUUGGAUAAACGUUGCCACAAGUUGAUCAUCUAUUUCAUGCAACGCACACAGGAGGAGAUCUCUUUCACCGCAAUCAAAUUGUUUCGAAUUAAUUUGGGUACUAACUUGUCGAUCGCCAAGUUUUCGUUUUCUUUGUAUACCUUCAUAAAUGAAAUGGGUUUUGGUGAGACUCUAAAAGAACGACUGGAGUAAAAGUGUACGUUUUGGCAAGAGAGUUCACAAUAUAUAUAUAAUAAACGAUUGUCAACAAUAUAGCUUUGUACACGUAGUGCACGCGCAAAUAGUUUUAGAGAGAGUUACUUAGAUCACAAUUUUGUUCAAAGUCAGAGGAGAUCUUUAAAGAAGAAGACAGUUCUGUAGUAGCAUUGCUUGCACAAUUUCUAAUUUCAAGAUCUAAAUAAACAAUAAACUAGUUGCACUGCAAAGGUUCUUGGUGUUUGGAUCUAGCUUUAUUUAUGGUGAAAUAAUCAACUACCCACAUUUGUCCUUCCCAAAUUUGUUGAUGAAGUUUUAGAUAUCUUGACGAAACUUGGUACACAUGUUUCUUGGGACCGUGAGAGGGUUGCUUUCGAUGGGCCCACCUCUCAUACAAAGAUUAGGUUUAAAAUUACUGAAAGUGCGUUAACUCACUAACGAAAAAAAUCAGAAACACUGAAUUUUAAAGAAGAAAUUGUGGACGCAUUUUUUUUAAAUAGAAAAUGUGCGUGGCGUCGCCCACUUAUGGUGGUCUCUGGAACUACUCGACCGAUUUCAAUGAAAUUGGGUUAUAAUAUUUUCUUGACACCCUGAUGCCACGUGUGGAUGAAAUCGGUUCAUAACCAGGACUACUUCUCAUAUAACUCAAUUUUGAAUUCAACCUCAUUCCUCAGUUUAUAAUAUAUACAUAAGGAACCAAUGAAGAUAGCGGAAUUAAACUUAACACAAAUACUUUAUAUGGUCUGUGACAUCACUUGUGAAAAUAAUCGUCGAAAUCGGACUAUAACUUUUCAAUACUCCGGAUAUCGAAUAUGAAUAUGAUAGUGCCUUAGGGUAAUUUUUCACCGACAAUAUCGGUAAAUCUCUCAGAUAUCUUAAUUUAAUUCAGUGGAAAUCGUUUUCUUUUAAUAGUGUGUUUCUGUACCAAAAAUGGUUAAAAUCGGGUCAUAACUUUUCCUAGCUCCCAUAUACCUAAUUAUAGGUUUUUCAAAAAUACGAUGGGCUUAAUAGCUUAUAAAUCGGUAAAUAUGUGAGGUAUCUUAGCAAAAUUAAGUGAGUGUAUAGUCUUGGAUAUAGUGUACCUUGGUGGUGAAAAUUAGUGAAAUUGGUUCAGCCCUCAUAUACUAUAUAGUAUGAUUCUCGUUAUUC